AUGGCUUCUCCCGAUGUUGUCAAGAAACUUGAGGAGGCAUUCGCCAAGCUGCAAGGCGCCGCGGAGUGCCACUCGCUCCUUAAGAAGCACCUGACGAAGGAAGUGUUCGAAAAGGUCAAGACGAAGAAGACGAAGAUGGGAGCAACGCUGUUGGACGUUAUCCAGUCGGGUGUGAAGAACCUGGACUCCGGCGUCGGUGUGUAUGCGCCUGACGCGGAGUCGUACACCUUGUUUGCCCCUCUCUUCGACGCGAUCAUCGAGGACUACCACAAGGGCUUCAAACCGACCGACAAGCAGCCCCCGAAGGACUUCGGCGACCUCAGCACGCUCGUCGAUCUUGACCCCGAGAGCAAGUAUGUCAUC